AUGCCUCUCAUGGGAGAGCUAUUCAGCAGAGUAGCUGUGGACUUGAACAGGCCACUAGCAGCUGUAUCUGACAAGGGCAACUGGUACAUGCUGACAGUAGUCGAUUAUGCAACAUUUUAUCCAGAAGCAAUAGCACUGGCAAAGAUAGAGACAGAGAGAGCAGCAGAAGUCCUCCUGGAGAUAUUUUGCAAACUAGACUUCCAGAGUGAAAUCCUGAGCGACAGAGGGACCCAAUUUACUUCAGAACUGAUGCAGGAAGUGUAUAGACUCAUCAGUACUCGGCAGCUCUUUACGACCCCGUAUAAUCCUAAAUGUAAUCCUUGUGAGACAGUCAGUGCAGUUUUAAAGAGUAUACUAAAGAAGCUGUGUCAAGAGAGACAAUGGGACUGGGACAGCACUGAUUGGCUGUAUCACUUAGACAAUGUCGAACAGGCCAAAAAUGGACAUGAUAUUUAA